GUCGUCGCCGAUGGCUGGGAGCCGGGCUGGGAGGCGCUGGGAGAGCAGUGGGUUCCAGACGCGCCGCCGCCUGGCCGGGGGGCUGGCAUGGCCGCGUGCUUGUGAGCGCCGAGCGCGCGAGGGGCCGCUGCCACCAUGCCCGGGGGCGUGGGCGCCGUCCGGCUCUGCCUGCUGGCGCUCGCCCUGCCGGCGUGGACCAGAAGAGAAAACGGGGAAGGCAGCCCCCAACUGCAGCAUGAACUAAUAAUACCUCAGUGGAAGGUUGCAGAAAACCCCACGAAAGAAAAGCAUCCACUCAAAGCUGAGCUCAGGGUAAUGGCUGAGGGGCAAGAAUUGAUCGUGGACCUAAAGAAGAAUGAGUACCUUUUUGCUCCAGCCUACACAGAAACCCAUUAUACUCCAAGUGGCAACGCUCAAACCACCAUGCUGAAAUCUGAGGACCACUGCUUUUACCACGGGACGGUGAGGAAGGCAGAACAGUCCAGUGUCACACUCAGCACCUGCCGGGGAAUAAGAGGACUGAUUAUGGUGAGAAGUAACCUCAGCUACAUCAUCGAGCCCCUUCCUGGCAGUGAGGGCCACCACCUCAUUUACAGAUCUGAACAUCUCAAGCUGCCCCUGGGGAACUGUGGGUUUGAGCACUACAAGUCCACCACCAGGGACUGGGUCCUUGAGUUUACGAACCAGACCAAGAAAAGACCUCGCAGGAUGAAAAGGGAAGAUUUACACUCCAUGAAGUACGUGGAACUUUACCUUGUGGCUGAUUAUGCAGAGUUUCAGAAGAAUCGCCGAGACCAGGAUGCCACCAAACACAAGCUCAUGGAGAUCGCCAAUUACGUUGAUAAGUUUUACCGAUCCUUGAACAUCCGGAUUGCCCUUGUGGGCUUGGAAGUAUGGACUCAUGGGAAUAUGUGUGAAGUUUCGGAGAACCCCUACUCUACUCUCUGGUCAUUUCUCAGUUGGAGGCGCAAGCUGCUCACCCAGAAGAACCACGACAAUGCACAGUUAAUCACGGGUAUGUCCUUCCAUGGCACCACCAUUGGGCUGGCCCCCCUCAUGGCCAUGUGCUCCGUGUACCAGUCUGGAGGAGUCAACAUGGACCACUCUGAGAAUGCCAUUGGCGUGGCUGCCACCAUGGCCCACGAGAUGGGCCACAACUUCGGCAUGAGCCAUGAUUCUGCGGAUUGCUGCUCGGCCAGCGCAGCUGAUGGCGGGUGCAUCAUGGCAGCUGCCACUGGGCACCCCUUUCCAAGAGUGUUCAAUAGAUGCAACAGGAAGGAGCUGGACAGGUAUCUACAGUCAGGUGGUGGGAUGUGUCUCUCCAAUAUGCCAGACACCAGGACGCUGUAUGGAGGCCGGAGGUGUGGGAAUGGGUACCUGGAAGAUGGGGAAGAAUGUGACUGUGGGGAGGAAGAGGAAUGUAACAACCCUUGCUGCAAUGCCUCUAAUUGUACCCUGAGAGAAGGCGCGGAGUGUGCCCACGGUGCCUGCUGUCACCAGUGUAAGCUGCUGGCCCCUGGGACCCUGUGCCGUGAACAGGCACGGCAGUGUGAUCUCCCAGAAUUCUGCACGGGCAAGUCUCCCCAAUGCCCCACCAACUUCUACCAGAUGGACGGCACUCCCUGCGAGGGCGGCCAGGCCUACUGCUACAAUGGCAUGUGCCUCACCUACCAGGAGCAGUGCCAGCAGUUGUGGGGGCCUGGAGCCCGGCCCGCUCCCGAUCUCUGCUUUGAGAAGGUGAAUGUGGCAGGGGACACCUUUGGAAACUGCGGGAAGGACAUGAAUGGGGAACACAAGAAGUGCAACAUGAGAGAUGCCAAGUGUGGGAAGAUCCAGUGUCAGAGCUCUGAGGCCCGGCCCCUGGAGUCCAAUGCAGUGCCCAUUGACACCACCAUCAUCUUGAACGGGAGGCAGAUCCGAUGCCGGGGCACCCAUGUCUACCGUGGUCCUGAGGAGGAGGGGGACAUGCUGGACCCGGGCCUGGUGAUGACCGGGACCAAGUGUGGCUACAACCAUAUUUGCUUCGAGGGGCAGUGCAGGAACACCUCCUUCUUUGAAACGGAAGGCUGUGGGAAGAAGUGCAAUGGCCAUGGGGUUUGCAACAACAACCAGAACUGCCACUGCUUCCGAGGCUGGGCCCCACCUUUCUGCAACACCCCCGGCCAGGGGGGCAGCAUCGACAGUGGGCCCAUGCCCCCUGAGAGUGCUGGUCCUGUGAUAGCUGGAGUGUUCACGGCCAUAUUUGUGCUGGCAUUCCUUAUGCUGAUGUACCACUACUGUAAACAGAACAACAAACUGGGCCAGCUCAAGCCUCUAGCCCUCCCUUCCAAGUUGAGGCAACAGUUCAGUUGUCCCUUCAGGGUGUCUCAGAACAGUGGAACUGGCCAUGCUAACCCAACGUUUAAGUUGCAGACUCCCCAGGGCAAGCGAAAGGUGACCAACACCCCUGAAACCCCACGGAAGCCCUCCCAACCUCCUCCUCGGCCCCCUCCAGACUAUCUUCAUGGUGGAUCCCCACCUGCACCAUUGCCAAUGCACCUCAGCAGGGCUGCUAGGAGCUCCCCAGGGGCCGGGUCCCAAGUAGAGAGGAAAGAGUCAUCCAGGAGGCCUCCUCCCAGCCGGCCAGUUCCCCCGGCACCAAAUUGCAUCCUCUCCCAGGAUGUUUCUAGGCCGCGGCCGCCGCAGAAGGCACUGCCGGCUAACCCUGUGCCAGGCCGUAAGAGCCUCCCCAGGCCAGGUGGCGCCUCCAUGCUGCGUCCCACUGCCACUACCCCUCUUCAGUCCCGGCCUCUGGCAGCACCUGUCCCAAAGGGAUGAAUUUCCAGAGCAAAAGCCAAGGACCAAACCUUAGUGUUUCCUGGUGCCUGCAUGACUAUCCGUUAAAUUAGGGUUAGAGUUUUUUUUCUUUCAUAUGAAAGGUGAUGCUUAGGAGUCUGAACUGUGGUGCCUUCAAACCUGGAUCUGCAGCUGGCCAGCAGAAUAGCCCUGAGCAAAUCAUUCUUGAGUCUCAGCUUCCUUCUCUGGAAAGAGGCAAUAAGAAGCAGCAGUAGUCUGCCCCAUCAGGCUGCUGCAAAGGUCAAGGCAGUUAGUUUAUAUACACUGCUGGCUAGUGAAAGGCUAUUUACAAAUGGCCCAGCUUCUUCCCUCUCCCCUGGGGCUGACAUGUUCUCAGGCUGCCAGUCCUGGAAGUUGGGGCAGAGGGGAGGAGGCGAGGAAGCUGGCCGACUGCCCUCUGUUCCCACCAGGCCUGGGAAAUGUGUAAACUGAACUGCAGCUCAGGUUGGGGGCACCACCUCACCUCUCACUGGAGGGUUGAUAGUCUGGACGCACAGGCACGGCGACACAUUUCUACGGGAAACCAUUUCUAGCUGACGGUCUAUCCUCCUGACCUGUCGAAAGCAAGAGGACAGAUCCCGUUGACCCCAUUGGUCAACAUUUAGCUGAUCUCUCUCUCCCUCCCCUUUCUUUGUUUCCACAGUUUCCUGAAUACAGAUCACAGAGGGCUGGGGGGAUGAUUGGCCCGAAGAUCUAACCCCUCUAAAGGGGUUUAUGCCUUUCCUUGAGGACUCUGAACCCCACCUCAUCCCAAAGGAUCCGUGGCCAUGGAACCUGGAAAAAGCAUGUCUGGCCACCUCCAAGCUCCUCCUCCCCUCUUUCCUUCCUCCCAGAACCACCGCAUCUCCAAAAAUCUCCUUCUUGACUCAGUGCCUCCUUGGCUUCCUGGGAGGCCCAGAGAGACUACUGUCCAGUGGCAUCAAAAUGUUGUUUUGUGCAAUAUACUGCCCCAGGGGAGGGAGGAGAGAACACAGAUGAAGACAAAUGGAAGCUUCUCCAACCUCCCUUGGGUUGGCCUGUCACCUCAGAGGUGCCAGUGGGGAUGUUCUGGGCUGUAUGACCAUACAGGCCCAGCUGGGAAAAGUCCUGUUCAGCCCUUCAGCCCACGACUUGGCUUGGAGAAGCCAUUCAUCCACAUCCUGUGGUGGAGGGAAUACAUGAGAGCUUUCCAUUUCUUCUCUCUUGAAGGUCCCAGGCUUGACAGAGGCUGGGCAGUUACUCAUCCCUUUUAGCUCUGAGAUUGAGAGGGGUCAGGCCAGCCUCUACCGUGGCCCUGUCCAGGGCCUGGUCGAGGCCACCACUCCUGGCUCUGUGGCCACAUGUGAGCAAGUGAAGUCUGCUCCCCUCCCACCCCUCUAAACCCCCACCUCCCCUUAUUCACACGGGUCGCCCUGACUCCAACAGGUACUAUUUGUGGGCAGUAUAGACAGCAGAGGGAGCACCAGGCUUGGGCCUCCUCUGAGCCAAUGCCAAAGGUUGUGGCUCUCACCUCGGGAUCAUUCUUGGUUGCCUUUUGUUUCCUUGUCUUAAUAAGUGCCCGGCGCUUUUGAUUUCUCCCUUCAGAAAUUUCUCCUUCCCCACUCAGAUCUACCUAAGGUGUGGUGCUGCGGUGAGUGGGUCUUCAGCAGUCCCAGCCUCCCAGAGACCUGGUGCUUGUGAGUUACAAGUGAGGGUCCUGCUGCAAGGGUUGGCCACUGGAUUUCCUAUGUGGUUCUCACGGCUCUUGACCAGAGGACACUCAGGCCAUGGCUGUGGGAGUCGAAGCUUUUUUUUCCCAUUGGGUUUUGUGACCUCAGCAGAGUGAGGGUGUCUUACCCUCUACUCCCUGGUGGAAAUCUAAGUAAGGUCCUCAGGGAGGGUAGCAAAGGGGGCAGAACCCCAGCCUGUCCCUAGGUCUGGUUACAGAUUGGAGUCACGGUUGUUGCCCUCUGAGCAAAGAGCUGACCUGUCCCUAGAGAUCUGUAGAGAAGUAGCAGUCAGCAGUCUUGAUGGAACAGAGUCAGAGCUGGAGCCACCAGGCUUUUUAUCAUCCACAUCCUCGUGUUCUUUCUUCUGGUCACUGCCUUUAUCUGACUUUUAUAGAAAGAACUCGGAGCAGCUGGGAAAAUGCCACUGCAUUGGGUACUGCCCUCCCCAGAGCAGGAAAGGAAGGCUUUGUGGUGCUCUGCUAAAUUGGACAACUUGUCACUGGAGAUGUUCUCUGGUGGCGGUCUCCACCCCCAGAAGGGUGCUGUGCUGUCCCCACCUCCUGCAGUGAGCCGUUGUUCAUGCUUGAAAACCUCAAUACAAGGAAGAAGCUUGAGCUUUUACUCCCCAGCCACCAACCCAGGGCCCCCUUACAGUUCUCUGCACACAACAGGUGCUCGAUAUGUGUUCUCGGGUUUUAGACAAGUGGGAGAUUUGGAAUGUACCCUUGGGGACACACAUGAGGUAGAUUUAGAAAGAUCUCAGGAAAAUGGGUUUCCUUUCCCUCAGGUAGUCUGAUAUUCAUGCGUCUGUCUCCCAGACAAGGGCCCUGGUUGAUCCCCAUAGCCAGUUUCCACCUUCCUUGCUGCCUGAUUAGGUCAGGGGACAGCCUUCCAUGUAAUUGUGCUACUCCAAAUGCCCCAGGCCUCAAGGUUGGGUCCCAGAAAAGUAAAGGUGAAAACACCCUGGCCAAAAAAAAAAAAAAAGUCACCCUUAUGCCCACCUGCAUGUUUCACAGACGUUCCUGUGGUAUGUCUAGCUUUUUUCCCACAUACCAGGAGGUCGAAGGCUCUGAAGUGAAAAUGCCAUAGCCAUUGUGGCUGCAUGAGCCUUUUGAACCUGAAAUCCACUCUCCCUGGAGCCAUACCAGAAAGAGUCCUGGGUUGUGUUUUCUUUUUUUUCUGUUUUUGUUUUCCGUUAUUUUAAUACCACCUCUAUCCCAUAAAAUUGUACUGUGAACUGGAAGAAGGUCGAAUUUUUUAUAUUUGAUGGAGACUUUUGGCGGCCAGUUCUAUUUACUGUUUCACUUCUGGCUGUGUCCAGGGACUGGGAGUCACCGUAUUGUCAGGCUGAGCAGGCUGCCCAAGAGUGAGACUGACCACUGCGUGCUCCCUUUUCCUUCCUGUGCCCCUGUGCUGCUUUGAGGUGACAAAUAAAAACAAAUAUGGCCUUAGGUUAAAAGGGAUUUUAUUUGAAAGGAUUACUGCAAGACAAGGAAAGGGAACUUGCAUUCGGGGCAGGUGCUGGCAGUGGGGGGAAUGCUCAAGUGAGCUCUUGUAAGAUCUGCAAGUAUCUCAAAGCUCAUAAAGGGGCCUUUUAUUUGAUAGGAUGGAGUGGAUGUGACUAGAAAGAACUGCAGUUGGAGCAUCCUUGCACUCAGCCUCCUUGUGGGGGGCUGCUACAGAAGGGCCGUAGGUUGGCUCAGGCUGAGGGUGGGCCCAAGUUCAGAGCCUGGUGGGGAGAUGAGCCUAGCUAAAGCUGGUGGAGUUAACCAGUCCUUUGUUCAGAUGGAGCUGUAUGGAAAUCUUUUUAAAAGCUAACUUAACCUGCCAGUUUUACAGCCCUGUAUAUGUUCUUCUUAAGAACCUGGGAGCCAUCUCUGAAAAGUAAACCUCAAGGGACCGCAAGGGAGCUAGCAUCCCCAUCCGCCUGUCUCAGUGGGAGUUUUACCCAGGAACCGACUUGCUGUUGGUUGUUUUUAGCGUUGUUUACUUCUCCCUGUAAAAGCCCUUUUCUGCCCCAGCUCUGAGAUGCCUGCAGAUCCUAUAGUAUUGUGAGAGCCCCUUCUCCAUACUGCAGUAGCUCCUUGCUGUCUCUUGCCAUAAUCCUUUUGAAUAAAACCUCCCCUUACCUAUGUCCAAAUUUGUUCUUUUUUGGCAAAGGGUAUGAAAGACUUGUGUAUUUUAAAUGGGGGACCAGCUCUAAAGUCAGGAUUGUGUUAAAUGUGUAUAUAACAGCUCUACUGGCCACCCAAGAAAGCCAAGGGAACGCCAACUGGAAAGGUGCCCCAUCCCUAGGGAAGCUUGCUAAGAGGGGUUCUGCAGAAUCCAAGCCAGUGUCCCCAGAGCCACCCUUCUGCUCAUCCUCUCACACCAUCCGCUGUGUGUACGUCUGUGUCUGGGAUCUAGGGCAUGUGAAUUUUCUUUUUAUUUGGAGAUUGUUCACGGAAAACAGAUCCUCUUCUCUCUUGUCCACCUAUUAAUUGUUUACAAUAUUUGUACAUCUAUGCAAAAUACUUGAAUGGGCCAUGGUGCCUUUUCCCCCCCUUGUUUGUAUUUAAUUAAAAUAAAUUGUCAUUCGAAA